AUGGAGAUUAAAGCCCCUAAAGCCUGUCGUCAUUGCCAGCUCCACAAGCGCAGAUGUGACAAGCGGCUGCCCAGGUGCUCGCGAUGCGCCUUAAAACUGUCUAGAUGCGAAUAUGGCGACAACAGACCACUUGAAGCAGAGCCGGUUACUAAGCUCAGGUGGAGCGAACCUCUGGCCGUCCUCCGCGAGUCCUGCGGCCUUGAGCUUACUCCAGUAGGAGAAAGGCAGCUUUUAUGGGCAGCUUGCCAAAGUCAGGAGUCAUACCCAAAACAGACUGACACAAAGCGUUUGAUGAACUUGACAGAAGACAUCUUUGUCUACGGCGGUACUUCCGCGCAGCAGGUCUGGGAUAGACACUUUGCUACAGGCUACUCCUGGCUGCCCGUGCUUGAGGAGUCAAACAUCGAUUUCAACGUUCUGAUCGUGCAAGAGUCCGAUAUCCACAAGGAUAUUCUUGCAUUGCUAUUAUUAUGCAUGUAUUUGCUGAACCAGGCACCUUGCUACCACCCCAACCACACAUCCAACAGCUCGCUUCAUAAGACCACAAGUCGGGUCUUUUCCUUGGUCGAGGCAUCUGGCGAUGUCUUCUCGCAGGCCACAAAGCUGCAAGCCGGCCUGCUCCUAACUGCCUAUGAAUGCGGACAUGGUAUGACCGAUAAGGCUACAUUCACGUUGGGAGCAUGUUUUGGCAUUAUCAGGCAGCUUGAACAUCGCCGAGAAGAUGUUCUUGCACCUGUUCUUAAGAGAUGCUGGGCAGGCAUAGUUUCUCUAGACCGUUCCAUUGUACUUUCUUGUGCUGAUAGCUCUGCCACUCUUCUCAUUCCGACAAAGGAAAUAUUACCACUUGAUGCAGUUUCCUAUUUGGAUGCAGACGGACUAUCGUACAUGGAUAGAGUGCACAUGUUUAGAAUGCGAACUCGCUCCGCUCUGUUGGUCGGCGAAGCAAUAAAAGCUAUUAAUGGGGAUCCAACGUCGGCAAACUGUAUCCAAGCCGAGAAACUGCUCCACGAUCUUGUCCGAAAGCAUGCGGCUUCACAGGAGCAGUCGUAUCCUGUGUGCGAAGGCAUUUCCAUGGCUCUGAGCGCCGUUGUAUCCGCUUAUAAAAAGAGACUCCAACGUGUUGGGUCGACUGCUGAUGCGAAGCUCAACAUCGACAUCAAAUUUGCCUACAACAUUGCCUUUGAAAUGUGCCGAGUUGAGGGCAGCAUAAUGAGGACGCGAGACAAAGGCCUUGAGAGACUGUGCUUCGCUGGGCUGGGCUGCCUCUACCGUGCCGCAGUAGAUCUGGAUGAGAUGUGCCCCGAGGGUGCGUCGCCCGAAGAUGCUCAUCAGCUACGAGAAAACUUGGAGUGGUUUUCGGGCCGUUGGAAAGUUGCAGGUAAGCUCCAAGGCUGA